AUGGUUUUUUCAAUUUGUUUGAAAUCAAAAAAUGCUUUCAUAAGUAUAAUUAAUGUUUGGGUUUUUAGACAAAAUCGUUUAAUUACAGGUCAUGAUGUUGCUUUAAAAUUUUGUCGUUACUUUUCUGCGGCUCCCCCAGCAAAAACCUCAUAUGGCGGGUUGAAAGAUGAAGAUAGAAUCUUUACAAAUCUCUAUGGAAAGUAUGGUGACUGGUACAAAACGAAAGAGAUAAUUCUCAAAGGUCCGAAAUGGAUUAUAGGUGAAGUCACCACAUCUGGCCUUCGUGGGCGUGGUGGGGCUGGAUUUCCAAGUGGAAUGAAAUGGGGAUUCAUGCUUAAACCUUUUGAUGGGCGGCCAAAAUAUUUAGUAGUGAAUGCGGAUGAAGGCGAGCCGGGAACGUGCAAGGACAGGCAAGGAUAUUUGGAAUAA